CUGGGGCUGAAUGAGAUGCCGGUAGAGGAGCAACACACAAAACAUUCACAUCUUGAAAACUUAUAGUGUAUAGAGUGCGCUAAUUUAUCUAAUUAGCGGUGCUUUGAGUUACAUAAAUAGCAUGUUCUUGAGGAAUAAGGAAUAAAAGUCAGAUUUUGAAGGACAGAGUGGCAGAAUUGAUGGAAUAAUGAGGGCGCAUUUGCGGAAUCCGACUUUUUGCAGAUUUCUUACUGCAUGUCUUUUAAUUAUUUUGCUUGCUUUUGCUAAUGCGGAUUCGACACUUUUUUAUGGACACGUUGAGGAAAGCGCAUUGCCUGGAACUGUUGUCGCUGGGUUCACGUUUCCUUUGGGAGACAAAUGCAAAGAAGACAAUUUAGCAGGACUUAAAACAGUUUUGACAGGAGACGACUCGUUGGAUUUUUCUCUUGAAUAUCUGGGCAACAAGGGAUUUGUGUUAAAAACCACUGAAACUUUUGCCACGGACUCCAAACUGAGCUAUACUGUGAGCGCGCGCUUGCCGAGGUGCAACGGAACAACUGAAGAAGUGACGGUUAAAAUCAAAAUGCUUCAAAAAGACGACGAAACACGGCGUUUUAAUGAAUCCUCUGUCAGCACAGGGGUUAUCGGUGUUAAAAGCGGCAGCAGGAAGCCAAGAGCCGUCUCGGAAGAAGUGUCCUACACCGUUACAGUUUCUGAAGAUGUGAAAGUCGGAGACUUGAUCUUUACGGUACCGGACCAGAAGUUCGAGAAGAAGUGGUUCGAGGUGGUUUCGGAGGGAAACUCACCGAUCCAGAUGGAAAGAGACUCGGGGCGCGUGUACUUGGCGCAUCGUUUGGUGUCAGCAACCGAGGUCAUGGUUAAAAUCCAUAACAUGAGAGGUGAUGAGUGGUACCUGUGCCGACUGACUCUGACCCUCCCCAACAUGUCGAAUCUACAGUGGGCCAUGUUCCCCUAUCCUUACCUGGCCGCCGUUGGUCCUGACACUGGUGCUGGAUCUGUGGUCUACAAGCUUGUGGCCCAAAGUCCAGACGGCUCGGUGGGAACGGCUCACUUCCUUUUGGUUGAUGGUGGAGAAGAUUCAUUUGAAGUGGACCAAACAACAGGAGAAGUGAAAACCACAGGUCGCCCUCUGACCCCGAGUAAGGAAUACACACUGACCGUCCAGGCCGUGGACUCUCAGGGCAGGAGGGGUACACACGCCUCUCUCUUCAUUCUGGCCGGCUUUCGACCCCCUCAGUUCACCAACACCACCUACACCAUCCACAUCCCAGAGAGCAGCGCGGUGGGCCAAGCGGUGGCAGUGGUCCAGGCUAUCUCAUUCCAGAGGAAGACUCUGUCCUACAUGCUGCUGGUGAACCCGAGCAACCUGUUCAGCAUAAACCAGGAGAGCGGAGCGCUCAGUCUGACACGCACUGUAGACUAUGAGAGUGGACAACAUCUACAUCACCUGCAAGUCAGAGCAUCCGAGCCAGAUACAGGACUGAGCAACAUGGCAGAGGUGGUGGUUCACAUCACAGAUGAAAACGAUUGCACACCAGAGUUUAUGCACUCCAUUUACAGUCGAGACAACGUCCCUGAGACCACCCCUACUGGCACAUCUUUACUGCAGGUUCUGGCACGGGACUGUGAUACGGGCCUGAACGCAGAACUGUCUUACUUCAUCCAGAGCGUAGACUUUGACAUAACAUCCCAGGGAGUUGUGAGCCCCAGUCAGAGACUGGACUAUGAGAGACCAAACCACAUGUAUGAGUGCACCGUGGUGGCUGUGGAUAAGGGAACACCACCUCGCACGGGCACUGCCUCCAUCCGCAUCCGCAUGGCCAACGUCAACGAUGAAGCCCCUGUCUUUUCACAAACAAUAUAUAAAACCUUCCUUUCUGAAGACGCCGGGCCUGAAACACUAGUAGCCAUUGUGCACGCCAAAGACCCAGACGGGGAUGGCGUAACGUAUGCCAUUACUGGGGGAAAUGAAGACAGCAAUUUUGAACUGGACAACCAGAAGGGCAUCAUCAAACUGCGACGUAGUCCUCCUCCUAGACUCCGGGGUCCUCAGUAUGUCCUGAACGUCACAGCGACUGAUGACAAUGCAGCCGGUGGAGCUCUGCCCCUCAGCAGCUGCGCACAGGUCAUCGUGGGCAUCAAUGACAUCAACAACAACAAGCCAGUGUUUGAUGAGUGCCACAACUACAGUGUAAAUGCGCUGGUCCUGGAGAAUCAGCCCCCGGGCACCUUUGUCCUGCGGGUACAGGCUCAUGAUGCCGACACUGGGGUCAACGGGGAAGUCAAGUAUGGGAUAAUGCAGAGGGACGGAGCCUCGCCGGGGUUUACUAUAAACCCUGAUACAGGUGUGAUCAGUACAGCAGUGAGUUUUGACCGGGAGAAACAGCGAGAGUAUACUCUAUCAGUCACGGCUACAGACCAAGCACAAGAGCCGCUCAUCGGCAUCUGUCAGAUCACCGUCCUCAUCGCUGACCAGAACGACAAUGACCCUAAGUUUGAGAACAGCCGCUACCAGUACUUCUUGCGGGAGGACACGCCAGUUGGGACUAGUUUCUUGAGGGCCGCAGCUCAUGAUGACGAUCAGGGCACCAAUUCGGCCAUCACAUACUCCCUGUCCCAGCAGAAUCCGGCUUACUUUCACAUCAACCCCAGCACAGGAUGGAUCUACGUCAACCAACCCAUCUCACAGACAUCACGGAUCAGCCAGCAGAUCAUCGCUACAGACGGAGGGAGUCGGAGCAGCUCGGUCGACCUCACUGUCAUCAUCACCAACGUGCACAACCAGCCCCCGCAGUGGGAACAGGCGGAAUAUUGGGUCACCAUCCCAGAGAACACACCACGCGACACCAAAAUAGUGACCAUCAAGGCAACAUCUCCUCUCGGUGACCCGAGGGUGACGUAUAACCUGGAGGAAGGUCAGGUUCCUGAGACCAACAUGCCUGUGCGCUUCUACAUCAAGCCUAACCGGAGGGACGGUUCUGCUUCUAUACUGGUGGCAGAGAAUCUGGACUACGAGACCACCGGUUUCUUUACGCUCCGGGUUCGUGUACAGAAUGUGGCGGCUGUACCGCUGGCUUCCUUCACCACUGUCUAUGUCAACAUUACAGAUGUGAAUGACAAUGUUCCCUUCUUCAUGUCGUCCACGUAUGAAGCAACAGUUCCAGAAGGGGCAGAAAUUGGCACAUCAGUCGCUCAGGUCUCAGCCACCGAUCUAGACUCUGGUCUUCAUGGCAUGAUUAACUACAUCAUUCUGAAGGACCAAAGCGGUGACUCGCAGUUCUUCAGCAUUAAUUCCUACACAGGCAUCAUCCACACGCGGGCCACCUUCGACCGUGAGCAGAAAGGCUCGUACUUGAUCGAAGUCCAGUCUCAGGACAGCUCCGAAUCUGCCCGACCCGGUCAGCAGGGCCAACCCAACACAGACACAGCCUACGUGAGGGUUUUUGUCACGGAUGUUAAUGACAACGCUCCAGCUUUUUCUCAGCCGGUUUAUGAGAUCAGCGUGGAGGAAGACAAGGAAGUGGGCUUCGUGGUCAUUACUGUUACAGCUAACGAUGAAGAUGAAGGUGCCAAUGCCAAACUGCGGUACCAGAUUACCUCUGGGAACACAAUGGGCACGUUCGAUGUGGAGCCAGAGGUUGGCACGAUAUUCAUUGCCCAGCGGCUAGACUAUGAGCAGGUGCAGCGCUACGAGUUACGGCUGGUUGCGUCGGAUGGAAAGUGGGAAAACCAAACAAUGGUCGUCAUUAAUGUCAUCAACCAGAAUGAUGAGGCACCCCUUUUCACUCAGACUGAGUACCAUGCCAGCGUCAUGGAGGAACUUACAGAGCUUCCAGUUCUUGUGCUAGAGGUUUCAGCCACAGAUCCAGAUCAGGAGGCGGACCAGCGUGCAGUGCGCUAUUCUCUACACGGGCAGGGAGCUGGUAGCGAAUUCACCAUAGAUGAGAUUAAUGGUAGGAUCUUCGCCCAACGACGAUUAGAUCGUGAAGUUCGCUCGGCCUGGCAAUUCCUCGUACUUGCCACAGAUGAGAAUGGAGCAGGUCUUACCGGGUUUGCUGAUGUUCUAGUCGAUGUGCAGGAUAUCAAUGACAAUGCUCCUGUCUUCCUGUGUGCAACAGACAAUUGCUUUUUGGGUCAUGUGCCUGAGAACUCACCAGCCGACACCUCCAUCAUGGAAAUGCGGGCCACUGAUCUAGAUGAUCCAAAAGCUGGCAAGAAUGCCAUCCUCACCUACAGGAUUGUGCAGAAUGUGCGCAAUGAGAUAAAUCUCAACCUUUUUUCCAUCAACCCAACCACUGGCACCAUCUAUACCGUCCUGCGUUCUUUAGAUCGGGAAGUGGUGGAUCGAUAUCUUGUUGUGGUGGAAGCUCGUGACGGAGGAGGACUUUCGGGAACAGGAACUGCCACUAUUGUAAUUUCCGAUGUGAAUGACCAUCCUCCAGUGUUCACUCAAAGGGUCUACAUGGCCUCCAUGUCAGAAAACUUGGACAUCAACAGUGAGGUAAUGGUAGUAGCUGCCACAGACGGUGAUGAAGGUGAAAAUUCAGUAAUGACGUUCAGCAUCAUUGGUGGAGAUGAAGACCGCAAGUUCUUCAUAGAGACUGACAAAGUGAACCGCCGUGGUAUAGUGAGGCUGAAGAAAAAGAUUGACUUUGAGAAACCACAUGAGCGUACGUUCAACUUGACAGUCAAAGUGGAGGAUGCUGACUUCUUCAGUCUGGCCUAUUGCAUCAUUCAGGUGGAAGACUCCAAUGAUCACACUCCAGUCUUUUUCCCACAGUUUUACGAGGCAGGAUCCAUGUUUGAAGAUGUUCCUGUGGGCACCAUCGUGGCACAGGUGACAGCCAUGGAUCUGGACUCUGGUCAAAAUGGGAGAUUCACAUACAGUAUUGCCCCAGAAUCUGACCCCUUUCAGCAGUUCCUGGUGGAUAAGAGUGGUUGGGUUGUAGUAGCUGACUCUCUGGACAGGGAGAAGGUGGCCCAACAUAGGCUCAUGAUCCUGGCCACAGACAUGGGGAGCCCUGCUUUGACUGGCUCUGCCAUUGUGCUAGUGACUGUACAGGAUGUCAAUGACAAUGGACCAGAGUUUGAGGCUCCAUAUCGGCCCAUCGUGUGGGAGAACACUAUUGCGCCACAAGUUAUUCACAUGAAUGACACAUCUACUCUUUUGCAUGCAAUUGACCGAGACACAUCAUCCAACGGAGGGCCUUUUUCUAUCCGUCUGCUGAUGCUGACCUCUGAUGUUACCAAUUUCAACUUGACUGAUAUGAGGAACGGCAGUGCAAUGAUUACUGCUCUUCGCAGCUUUGACCGGGAGCAGCAGAAACAGUAUCUUCUCCCCAUCCUAAUGAUUGACAGUGGCUCUCCUCCAAUGAGCUCCACCAGCACACUUACCGUCAUAAUUGGAGAUAAAAAUGACCAUCCUCAUGCGCCUGGACACAGCGAGUUCAUAGUAUACAACAUACAAGGUACACUCCCCACGACGGUACUUGGACAGGUUCAAUCCCCUGACCUUGAUGACUGGAGCGAGAAGGUUUACAAGUUCGAAGGCAAACCCCCCAGGCAGUUCAUUCUGAACCAGAACAAUGGUCAGCUGAGUGUCCGAGAGGGAACUGCCGCUGGAUUGUACAGUCUGCAGGUGAGGGUGGCUGAUAAGAGCUGGCCUGACGUCACCUCGUCGGCUGAGGUCACGGUGAUGGAGCUGCAAGAAGAGGCUCUGAGGAACGCUGCCUCCAUCCGACUGGCCAACCUGACAGCGAAUGAGUUUUUCCGUGCCUCGGCGAAUGAGGAAAGUCGAUACAUGCGUCUGCGUCGCCUGUUGUCGGAACUCUUCCAGACAGAUGUGGAGAACGUUGACGUCUUCAGCCUGGCCAGCGGCAGACAACCAGCUCAGCACCACCUCAGCGUUUGGUUUGCCGCUCAUGGCUCGCCGUACUACAAACCGGAGAAACUUCACGGCUACAUAGCCAUGCACAAAGCAAAGUUGGAGUCUGCUCUGGGAGUGACCAUUCUUCAGGUGGGGGUGGACGAGUGUGUAUAUGCAGCCUGUGGUCAGACAGGGGGUUGCUCCAGCAAGGUGACUUUCAGUGACACCCCUACAACCCUCAACAAUGGGAACAUCUCUCUGGUGUCGGUCUCAGCCAAAGCAAGUGUUCAGUGUGGUUGCCUGGGCCGAGAGAGCGUUCAUCUGCACUGCUCCUCAUACUCACAAAGCCCCUGUCUGAACGGAGGAACCUGUGUGGAUAGUGAACUAGGCUACAGGUGUAAAUGUCCCCCAAUGUUUGAUGGGCCAGAAUGCCAGCAAACCAAACACAGCUUUCUUGGCAACGGCUAUGCUUGGUUCCAUCCCAUAAAGCCGUGCUUCCAGAGCCACAUCUCUCUGGAGUUCAUCACGGAGGCAGCCAAUGGCCUGUUGUUCUACAACGGCCCAAUGGGAGCACCUCAGCCCAGAGAAAAAGAGGACUUUAUUGCCCUGGAGCUGAAAAAUGGAGUUCCAGUGCUGAGUGUGAAUCAUGGUUCAGGAACUCUGACCCUGCAGCUGAGCGCGAGAGCCACUGUCACAGACCGCCGCUGGCAUCACCUCGACAUCAUCAGCGAUGGCAAGAGUGUUCAAAUGAUUCUGGACCACUGCUCUGGAGCCGUGGUGAACGAGGUGGAAGGUCUGGGAGUAGAGAUGUUUGAGACUGAUCAGUCUGUGUGCAAGGCUUCUGGCGAGACACCAGGCAGUGAGAGGUUUUUGGAUGUCUACCAGCCUCUUCAGCUGGGUGGUGUUAAAGAGACACACUCACUGCGCAGGUCACAUCCACACUACAAAGGGUUUGUGGGAUGUAUGAGGAACCUGGUGGUGGACAGUCAGGUGUACGACCUCAGCAGCGCAGCAGAGAGUGAGAACACCGCCCCGGGAUGUGCCCUGACGGAUGGUGUGUGUUUGACUGCAGGAGGACCGUCUUGUGGAGUACAUGGGAGAUGCUUAGGUGAAUGGGGCUCUUUCAGCUGUGAUUGCCAUCCUGGAUACAGCGGACACAAGUGUGAUAAGGCGCUUCCUGAGUGGUCAUUUGAGAGGGACAGUGUGUUGAGGUACCAGCUGAGGGGUGGAGGAAGUCCACGACGGACACAAGCUCAUUUCCUGCUGAGAACACGCUCCUCAACGGGCACCCUUCUCAGCAUGGCCUCACGGGACGCCAAUGAGUUCAUCAUCCUGGAAAUAGUGGAUGGGUACCUCAAUGUUCGUGCUAACCUUGGUGACGGCACUCACUCGCUAAAACUAACAGGCCAGCGUGUAAACCAUGGCCAGUGGGUGCUGAUCAGCAUUCUCCGGCAUGACAACAUCUUCAUCCUGCGACUGGAGCAGGGCGGAGGCUCACGAGAGGUGACAGGGGUCCUGGGACAGAAGAAGGAAAUUGUAGUUCACCCCUCCAGUGUGUUUCUGGGAAACAGCGCCAGCCCAAACACACAGGGAGACUUUCAGGGCUGUAUGCGGGAUGUAAGGCUGAAUGGUCAUUCUCUAUCGCUGGAUGGUCAGAGCACAGAGUUCAGUACUGUACUGGAGCGCCGUGGUGUCGUACCCGGCUGCCACUCAGACGCCUGCAGCGCCAAACCCUGCCUGAGCCCGCUGUACUGUGUCGACAUGUGGAGGAAACACGAGUGCAGGUGUCCAGCCAAUCAGGUCGCAGUGCUGGAUGAGGUCACGGGUCUUAUGCGUUGCGCUCCGUCCCCCUGCAGUGCCAGUACAUGUCGUAACGGUGGCACCUGUUUAGCUCACUCCACUAAGAGCUACCAGUGCCGCUGUCCAGAGGGCUUCAGGGGUCAGUGGUGUGAGAUCGGCCAGCUCAAAUCUCUCCGUCUCGCUGCGCUCAGUCCCAGCUCCAUCCUGGCCAUCAGCAUGUGUCUCCUCGUCUUUUUUGCUGUGCUCGUAGCCGUGACCGUAUGGAAUCAGAAGGGCAGCAGGAAUAAGUUUCGUAAGCGAGGUGUUUACCACAUCCCAGCGGAGCACGAGAGCUGGGAGGACAUCCGGGAAAACAUCCUCAACUACAACGAGGAGGGAGGAGGAGAGCAGGACCAGAACGCCUAUGACAUCACUGAGCUGAAGAGGCCGCUGUGUUCCAGCUUGUCCCAGUCCUCGUCCUGCACCACUGCGCCCCUCAUCAAAUCCUCCCAGGGUUCUCAGGAGGAGGUUCACCCCUGCGGAGCCAUCCAGAACGCAGCCAUGCUUCCGUACCAGCACCACAGUGGAGGCCACUGCUCUAUGGACUUCAAGAGCUACGUGUCCCGCAUCAUCUGGGAGGCGGACAACGACAGCCUGUCAUUCCCCAUGGACACCUAUCACGUGUACUGCAUCGAAGGCUCAGGUUCCAAUGCCGGCAGCCUCAGCUCUCUGGGCUCCUUCAUCUCUGACGAUGGCUUCAGCUACGACACGCUUCGCCGCUGGGGGUCUAAGUUCGAAGGCCUGAGCGAGCUUUACCGCCGACCCGAGCUGGACAUCCCAUACAUGGACACAGUGCAGAGCCAGAGCCUGGAACAGCAACAAUGAACACUUGAAGGUUUUGAAUGUGUGUUUUUGUGUUGAUUUGAAGAACAGCUUUAAGGGCGACGAGCAGCUGAGGUUUGAAGAGUGCUUUGGUUUAUUUAUUGAGGAAAUUGUUAAAUGUACUGUAUUUAUUUUUGAGGGUUUACUCUGAUGAGGAACAAAGCCAGUGAAUCGUCAAGAUUUGAAUAAGGUUUAGGGUCACGUUCAGCUUCUUAGUGAACAUUAGUGGGUAAUUCUGUGCUCCAUUCAACUUUAAAGUAUGACAGCUUUCAUUUUGGAUAAUUUAAAGCUACUUGUUGGCAGAGAGGCUCAGAGGCUCAUAUGGAACAAUUAUUCCUUGACAGUGACUACUUUUACAUGGACAUCAGUUAUAGAAUCAUUUUCCUUAAUGUGAUUAAGGCAAUAAUAUGAUGAAGGUGUUUACAUGAGUUGCGUUUAAAUGUUCCUUUCAUGAUCCCGUUUUACAUGUUAAAGCACAUAAUUCGAAUAACGUCACUGCGUCACCACACUAUCCACAUUUCCUCCGGCGUUUCAUGUAAUUUCGGGUGUUUCAUUGUUAAUUUGUUGACUUUAACUGCAGUUUGGCACUUUCACUUUCAUUCAGGAACAUUUCCUGCAUGCCCCCGUGAUAAACAAGAUAUUGGAUGUGAGUAUGGACUGCUGGAAGAGAUUUGGAGAAAAACCUCAGCAUUUCACUAUGCAGGUGUCCUUCACUGACUCGGCAGGUGCAGAGCAUAGUGUCAAACAGCCGUGUGUGGAGACUUUCCUGUCGCAAAAUGCGGCAAAAAUCCUACACGAUAGUAAUAGUUUGAUUGCGGUGUUUACAUGUCUGUAUGGCACUUCAAUAAUGCCACUAACAUCGGCAUACUCCACAUGUCUUAAUUCCAUUUCUGCUUAGUUUGGUUAUGACUUUAAUCAGAUGAAAUUAAUCAAAAAUAGCUGUCUACAUGGUAGACUCUUAAACAGAGUAUUGUCCUAAUCAUAUCAAUAUCAGAUUAACGGUGUCCAUGUAAAUGUACUCAAUGAAAUAUGAUGAAAUCUGUCUUCCAAUCUCUUAUUAGAAAUAUUAUUGCGAUUUAAAAUAAAUGUAGUAACAAUGUCAAAGUUUUUAUUAAUUAACAUUUUUAAUUCUGACCUUAAAUUUUCUUUGAACUUGAUUUUCAGAUUUUUUUCAGGCCUGAAUACAAAACAGGAAAUCAUCAAAUAAUUUAAAAAUGCAAAUUUAAAAAGCAAUAUUUAGACUUGUAAACAAUGUAAUCAAAUUACAUUAAUCAAUGAUUGAAGACAAAACUAUUGGCCCUCCUGUUUAAUUUGAAUUCUUUCUCACUCUGCCGAGUGCUGUUUAACGUAGAGAAGAUUUUUUAACACAUUUUUAAACUUAAUUGUUUUAAAAACUCUUUUUAUUUUGUCUUUGAAAUGAUGGCUGCACAUAAUAUUUUCCUAGUUAUUUUGCAAGAUGCGAGUAUUCAGCUUAAAGUGCAAUUUAAAGCCUUUACUAGGUUAAUUAUGCAAGUCAUUGGACAGCAGUUUGUUCUGUUAUCUUACAUGUUUCUAAUAAUAUUGAUCCUACCAGUGUUUGUUUAUUUGUUUGUUUUAGCUCAUUCACUUAUAAUAUAAGAAACAAAAUAUUAUUACAUAUAUACAUAUAAGAAACACAUAAGAAACAUAUAAGAAACAAGAUAUUAUUGAAUAGAAACUUAUUAAAGAAUCUGUAGAAACAUUGCUGUUAAACAUCACUUGGGGAAUAUUUGGAAAAAAUUUCAAAUUGAUUUUAUUUUACUGAGGAUCAUCAUCAGCAGAGGCAGUUUCAUGCCAUGAUGUAUCACACAACAUAACAAGGAAAUGAAAAUAUACUCUCUCAGAAAUAAAGGUACAAAUGCUGUCACGGGGGUGGUACCAUUUCCAAAAUUACACUUUUGUACUUUACAGCUGCACAUUAGUACUUUAAGGUGCACUUUUGUAUCUUAACAAGAGAUGCAUGCUGCAUACUGGUGGUCGUGUGGAGAGACCCCCCUCAUGCUUGUGAAGCACUAUGGGUGUAUGGCCAUACACAAUAAAUGCGCGAUAUAAAUACACACGUUACAUAAUAUCCAGUACAGACUUGUACUUUAAGCAUUAUCAUGUACCUUUAAGGGCCUGUAAGGAACAAAAAAAAUACAUUUUUGUACCUUUAUAUCUGAGAGUGUAUCAUUCAUUUGCCUUUGAAUGGAGCACAGGAUUAUUUUCAUCAGUUCACUGUGAACAGCAAAACAUUUUACAAAUCUGCACUUGACCAAAACACUCUUGUUUUAAUGGACCCAGCUGCACCGGCAAUGGACGCCUACUUCUGAAUUAACAUAAAUUUGCCAAAAGAGGGUCAUGAAGACACCGAAAGACUUCACCAGUGACUGAUGUGCCAAUAAAUCACAAACCCACUCAUGCAAAGAGUGCAAAAAGUCGCAGUACUUUCAGCCACUGGUGGUAUAAAACCUGCCAUAAAUAUUCAUUGUGUAAGAUUUUCCUUUUCCAGCCGUUUCUGAUGCUGGUGUGCUGAAAUGUGUAAACGCCAGGUGAAUGUAUCGUGUAUCGAGUAGCCGAGAUGAGAACCCACUGUGUCCAAGUCUGAUUUAAAAGUUCAAAUGUGGCCAGACGCAGCGCAAAUACAAUCACUUAAGAAAAAAGCUUAUAAAUAUUUUCAAUUGCAAUAUACUUGAGGAUCUGUAUAGUUCUAUUUUUAUUGAUGUGAAUCACAAAUGUGAGGCGUUUUGUAAAAAUAAAAAGAAGCAAUGAGCCAUAAGAUUAAGGUUAGACCUGUAAUAGAUGCUCAGCAAAACCUCUACAGGUGUAAAUUGAGUUUUAAGCCUCACACAAGGCCUUUUAUUUCUGGAAAGGACCAAAAGUUCCUUCACGUCUCUUGUAAAGCUUCAAGAGCUUGAAUAUAGCUGAAAUGUCCUCUGAACACAGACCUGUGCUGCUCAUUGUACCAUGUAAAUGAUGUACAUACAGAAAUACGUUUUCUAGAGUCUUAACGUUUUCCUUUUUUGUAUAUGACUUUUAAUAAAUGAAAUGUUUUCCUUGA